AUGGCUUUCCAUGUAGAAGGACUGGUGGCCAUCAUCCUGUUCUACCUCCUUAUAUUUCUGGUUGGAAUAUGGGCUGCCUGGAAAACCAAAAACAGCGGCAAUGCAGAAGAGCGCAGCGAAGCCAUCAUCGUCGGGGGUCGAGACAUUGGUUUGUUGGUUGGUGGCUUUACCAUGACAGCCACCUGGGUUGGAGGAGGUUACAUCAAUGGGACAGCUGAAGCAGUUUAUGGACCAGGCUGUGGUCUAGCAUGGGCUCAGGCACCCAUUGGCUAUUCUCUGAGUCUGAUUUUAGGCGGUCUGUUCUUCGCAAAACCUAUGCGUUCCAAGGGAUACGUGACCAUGCUAGACCCAUUUCAGCAGAUCUACGGAAAGCGCAUGGGCGGGCUGCUCUUCAUCCCUGCACUGAUGGGAGAGAUGUUCUGGGCGGCAGCAAUUUUCUCUGCAUUAGGAGCCACCAUCAGUGUGAUCAUUGAUGUGGAUGUGAAUGCAUCUGUCAUAGUCUCUGCACUCAUUGCCAUUCUUUACACCCUAGUGGGUGGGCUCUACUCUGUGGCGUAUACUGAUGUUGUACAACUCUUCUGCAUUUUUAUAGGACUGUGGAUCAGUGUGCCCUUUGCCCUGUCACAUCCUGCAGUCACCGACAUUGGAUUCACUGCUGUGCACACCAAAUACCAGAGUCCCUGGCUGGGAACCAUUGAACCAAUUGAAGUCUACACCUGGCUUGAUAAUUUUCUGUUGUUGAUGCUGGGUGGAAUCCCUUGGCAAGCCUACUUCCAGAGGGUUCUCUCUUCAUCCUCAGCCACCUACGCUCAGGUGCUGUCCUUCCUCGCAGCGUUUGGGUGCCUGGUGAUGGCUCUACCUGCCAUAUGCAUAGGAGCCAUUGGAGCCUCCACAGACUGGAACCAGACUGCAUAUGGGUUUCCAGAUCCCAAGACCAAGGAGGAAGGAGACAUGAUUCUCCCGAUUGUGCUGCAGUACCUCUGCCCUGUGUACAUUUCCUUCUUUGGUCUUGGGGCUGUUUCUGCCGCUGUGAUGUCCUCAGCUGACUCUUCCAUCCUGUCUGCAAGCUCCAUGUUUGCACGGAAUAUCUACCAGCUUUCCUUCAGACAAAAUGCAUCAGACAAAGAAAUUGUGUGGGUCAUGAGGAUCACGGUGUUUGUGUUUGGAGCGUCUGCAACAGCCAUGGCCUUGCUGACGAAGACGGUGUAUGGGCUCUGGUACCUGAGCUCUGACCUCGUCUACAUCAUCAUCUUCCCACAGCUGCUCUGUGUCCUCUUCAUCAAAGGAACCAACACUUACGGGGCUGUUGCAGGUUACAUUUUUGGACUUUUCCUGAGAAUUACUGGAGGAGAGCCAUAUCUGUACUUGCAGCCCCUAAUCUUCUACCCUGGUUAUUACUCUGACAAGAAUGGUAUAUACAAUCAGAGAUUCCCCUUUAAAACCCUCUCCAUGGUUACCUCAUUCUUGACCAACAUUUGCAUUUCUUAUCUAGCCAAAUAUCUAUUUGAAAGUGGAACCUUGCCUCCGAAACUAGAUGUAUUCGAUGCCGUCGUCUCGAGGCACAGUGAAGAGAACAUGGACAAGACUAUUCUAGUCAGAAAUGAGAACAUCAAAUUAAAUGAACUUGCACCUGUGAAGCCUCGACAGAGCCUAACUCUCAGCUCAACUUUCACCAAUAAAGAGGCCCUCCUUGAUGUUGAUUCUAGUCCAGAGGGAUCUGGAACUGAAGAUAACUUACAAUGACCCCAUCUAAACCAUACAGAACAGAACGUUGCUGUAGGAUAGUCCUGGAAAGAAGGUUUGGAGCAUAUCUAACACAUAUUAAAAUAUAAAUCUUUAGAGGGGAAAUAUUUGCAGGAAUAAAGAAGUUAUAAUGGACGAGUUCAGAAAAAAUAACAAUUGCACAGUGAGAAGGAAGUGUGAAAGUAACAGCUUUGUUUCUCAUCACAGCACUUUUAGUUUUAAAUAGCUUUGUCAAGCAUAUAAAAGUGAGUAAAGCCCCAGCCAAAGAAAAUGGCCAAAUAUUACUUAUCUUUAUUAUGGAAAGAGGAAGUAUCUAUUAAUGAGCCCAUGGAAAGGAGACUGAAUGGUUCUGAUCAUCUUUGCUGGCUAAGACAGCUCUGGACAUCAGUUUAAUUGCUACAAUGCAUAGGCUGCAUUGAUUUGCAACCACUGCUGUAAACGAUGCAGUGAGUUAAUCAAUUUACUCCUCUCCAUGUGUGGAUUGGCCUGCUCUUCCAUGAUUUGAAUGUGACAUUUGCUCGAUUUUCAGUGUGCACUCUCUUACUUACCCUUUCUUGCUCUUCUGCAUGAACACACACACUCUCUCUCUCUCUCUCCAUCCAUCCUUCCAUCCAACCAUCCCUCCUUCUCUCUGUCCCCUUCUCCAUGUUUCUCUCUCCUUCUCUCCCCUCACUCUUCCCAAACUCUCCCUCUCUUUCUCUCUUCUGAUUUUAUUUUUGUGUGGUGCUGGUGAUCUAACACAACAGGACCUUGCACAUGCUAGGUAAGGGCUCGCCUACUGAGCUACACAUCCAGCUCCACAAUUUGUUGUAUUUUUUUCCAGUGAGGCCAUAUAUUAUUCUAAGCACAAGCAACACAAACAAUAAUUUAUUUAAUAGAGACAUUUUUAUGUAUAAAUGAUGGAAAAUAGAGUCCAUGUUGUGAUGGGGGAAAAAAGCACUGAACUCUUUGACGACGUCCACAAUUGCCAUAUGCUCAAAGAAAAAUGCCCGAAGCAAAGCAUGGAAGGUUAUUGGGCAGCAUUACAGCAAUAAGUCUAGAAGAAAAAUAAGAAAAGGGGAAGAGGAAAAAACAUAUUUCUAUAUCCAGCUCUAGUAUAUAAAGUAUUGUCAUUCCUUACAAAUAUAGUGUCUUGGCUUAUUUUCCAAGUCAGUACUGGAGACAAAGUUGAGCCAUAUGUAAAGAAAGGCCAUUGUCUAACACCUGUUGCAGGUGAUGAUUACUGCAACAGCUUGCAUUCACUGCGUAUUUAUUACCAGCCGUUCCCAAACAACUCACAGAGAGACUGGACAACAAACCCCACUCAUUUCUGGACAUUCAUUAAUAGAAUAGUUUAGUGUUAAGGAUCUACUCCAGCCCUUUUACACAUAAGCCACUUUUAGGGGCUGGAAAGAUCCCCACAAGUGUAUAUACUGAAUUUCAAAAUGUAAUAGAAACCAAAAAAGUAAAAACAAAUCCUAAAGAGAAGAAGCCAUCAUUUUAAUAUCUGGUGUGCACAUGACUUUCAA